CCCCUGCGAGACACUUCUCCGUCAUUCAUUUCUUCAGCCCUUGUUAUCCCCCAAAGUGUGCUCCAGCCCAGUUAAACUAGAUGAUGUUGCUUCCUUGGGUUUACUGUAGCGUCUUGGCAUAUCACCUCUUGCUCUGCAUUCAUUCUAUGCCAGUACUGGAGGGGAGAGCCAGCAACAGGUAUAAAGCAGUGGCGGGAUGGCCUCAGAAGACCCACAACUAUGGCCUGAAGAAGAGGGGCAGGUUUAGCCAUACUCACGACAUGCUGAAGGAACGAUCGCGCCCGUCAGGAAGUGUCUAUCCAGAGACUAUGCUUCCAGGGAAUGGAACAAAGUUGGUCUGGAACCGGCCUCGCUGUGGCGUUCCAGACUAUCCUACUCAGAAGCAAGGUGGUGUCUUGGACUACCACAUGCGGAAGGGGGAAACCUUUGGAGGAAAGCAGCGUCAGAAGCGAUUUGUUCUCUUUGGGGGGCGCUGGGACAAGACUGACCUCACCUACAAGAUUAUGCGCUUCCCUUGGCAACUGAGUAAGGAGAAAGUGCGUCGAAUCCUACAGGAGGCGCUGCUUGUGUGGAGUGACGUCACGCCCCUGAGGUUCACCGAGGUCAGCAGUGGGAGAGCUGACAUCAUCAUCGACUUCACCAGGUACUGGCAUGGUGACAACCUGCCCUUUGAUGGUCCUGGAGGCAUUCUGGCUCAUGCCUUUUUUCCCAGAACCCACCGGGCAGGCGACAUCCACUUUGACUAUGACGAGAGUUGGACUGUGGGCAACAGCAUGGGCACGGACCUCUUGCAGGUGGCGGCCCAUGAGUUUGGCCAUGUUCUUGGCCUCCAGCACUCCCUGGUCGACAGAGCCGUCAUGUCCCCCUUCUACAGCUUCUCAUACCCUUUGGAGCUGAGUGACGAUGACAAGCAGGGCAUCCAAUACCUGUACGGCCCACCGCGGAAAGCCACGCCUGUCAUCACAGAGACCAAUGAGAUCGAGACCACUGUGCCAGACCCCUGCAGGACUAACUUUGAUGCAGUGUCCAUGAUCAGAGGUGAGUUGUUCUUCUUCAAGUCCUGCUAUGUGUGGCGUAUCCGCGACGGCCGACUGCAGGCUGGGUACCCGGCGCUAGCAACGCGCCACUGGAGGGGGAUCCCCGACAACAUCGAUGCGGCCUACGAAGACAAGACUGGAAACAGCUGGUUCUUCCAAGGUGACAGUUACUGGGUGUUUGACGCAGAGAGGAAGAUAACAGGGCCGGACUCGUUGAGUCGGCUGGGCCUCCACGUGUCGGACAUCCAGGCAGCCCUCAUGUGGGGCGAGGACAAGGCCCAGAAUACUUACCUCUUCAAGUCGGGAACCUACUGGCGCUUCAGCCCCCUGGAGAACCGGGUGGAGACAGCCCACCCACGCAGCAUGCAGGACUGGGGGGGCAUCCCAAUGGACAUCGACGCUGCCUUCCAGGACCAAUAUGGAUAUGCUCAUUUCCUGAGUGGGAUGCAGUAUUGGAAGUUUGACCCGGUGGAGGUGACGGUUCUGGAAGGAUACCCACGCUAUAUCGGCAUGGACUUCUUUGGCUGCCCGCUUCCUAUUAUCGAUAAAGCCCAUGAAGAGUCCAUAUCUCCCGAAGAGCAGGUUGACUGCAGCUGUUGGUCUAAUAGAGGUGAGGACUUGGUUGAAACUUUCAUUAUGAACCCAGUCUGAGGUCCGUGGCUGUCUGAAGACCACUGAAGACCACUAGAAAUUGACGUCAUAUUUCAUUCUAUCAUCAUCCACAAUAUGAUAUUUUCUGGUGUAAAAUCAAUGCACAGGCUUUUUUAAAAAUAUAUAUAUAUAUAUUUUUAACCUUUAUUUAACCAGGCAAGUCAGUUAAGAACAAAUUCUUAUUUUCAAUGACGGCCUAGGAACAGUGGGUUAACUGCCUGUUCAGGGGCAGAACGACAGAUUUGUACCUUAUCAGCUCGGGGGUUUGAACCUUCCGGUUACUAGUCACACACUCUAACCACUAGGCUACCCUGCUGCCCAUGCACAGGCUUUCAGAGAUACGUUAAAGAGCACACGGACAGCUCUGCUGAAUAUAUAUAUUUUUACUUGAUGUAUAGCCUUGAUUCUUAUUUAUUGUCAAAUGUUUUUUAUCCACAGAUGAGUCUCAAUGUUUCUGUGCAGUCCCUCUUUCUUUCAUGCCAUUGUUUAUCAGGUGUAGCCAUGUAAACCUAUUUGACAGGGACCCACAUUUUCUCUCCAGCCUCAUUGAGCUUUCUAUUACACACACAGGUGCUCAAACAGACUCAACGAGGAAGGUGCAUUUGUACCUCAAAUAAAGUGCUUUGCCUUUAACAGUUAAAGGUUACAUUACACUCCAAAAUCAAAGUUUGUCAGAUGUUUUGAUACCUUAAAAGUAGUGUCCUAGGUCGUUGAUUUCAACAGAACAUCUGUUUUGUACAUCCCGCUAUACGCCACAAUCCAAAAUGAAUGGAAAAGAUAAGCAACAUUCAAUUUGCUGUGCUUACCUUUUCAAUUUAUUUGGGUUUGACGCACAUUUUUAUUUGACCUUUAACUAGGCAAGUCAGAUAAGAACAAAUUCUUAUUUACAAUGACGGCCUACCCCAGACGAUGCUGGGCUAAUUGUGCGCUUCCCUAUGGGACUCCCCAUCACGGCCGGAUGUGAUUCAGCCUGGAUUCAAACCAGGGACUGUAGUGAUGCCUCUUGCACUGAAAUGCAGUGCCUUAAACCACUGUGCCACUCGGGAGCCAAUAUAGCGAGAGGGUUGUGAAUUCAUCCUGACUUUAGACAAACUUUGAGGCCUGAAGACAUGACAAAGUUUAUUUUGGAGUGUAAUGUCCCUUUAACACAACAUUGAUAUGAUGAUUUUACAGUGUUGGAAGCCAAGCAUCGCCUAUCAGUUUUCACAGUGAUACCUCAUCAGGUAAAACGUCCUUCAUGUUCUUCUCUGACUACUCCAAGAUGGUGCUGUAAACUUUAUUCAUGUUGUAGCCAUUUGUCAUGCAGCUACCGUCAAUGAAAAAGCCAUUGGUGUUUCAGUGUAUCAGUGCAGGCCACUGAUACCAUUUCCUCACUUUUUUAUACAUUGUGAUCAAUCAAUCAAUCAUAUUUAUUUACAAAUCCCUUCUUACAUCAGCUGAUGUCAGAAAGUGCUGUACAGAAACCCAGCCUAAAACCCCAAGCAGCAAGCAAUGCAGGUGUAGAAGCAUUGCGGCUAGGAAAAACUCCCUAGAAAGGCCAGAACCUAGGAAGAAACCUAGAGAGGAACCAGGCUAUGAGGGUGGCCAGACCUCUUCUGGCUGUGCCGGGUGGAGGUUAUAACAGACCAUGGCCAAGAUGUUCAAAUGUUCAUAUAUUGACCAGCAGGGUCAAAUAAUAAUAAUCACAGUGGUUGUAGAGGGUGCAACAGCACCUCAGGAGCAAAUGUCAGUUGGCUUUUCAUAGCCGAUCAUUCAGAGUAUCUCUACCUCUCCUGCUGUCUCUAAUAGAGGUCGACCGAUUAAUCGGAAUGGCCAAUUAAUUAGGGCCGAUUUCAAGUUUUCAUAACAAUCGGAAAUUGGUAUCUUUGGACAACGAUUUUGACGAUUUUUUAAAAUAUAUUUUUUUACAACUUUAUUUAACGAGGCAAGUCAGAACACAUUCUUAUUUUCAAUGACGGUCUAGGAACGGUGGGUUAACUGCCUUGUCAGCUCAGACAGAUUUUUACCUUGUCAGCUCAGGGAUUCAAUCUUGCAACCUUAUGGUUAACUAGUCCAAUGCUCUAACCACCUGCCUCACGAGGAGCCUGCCUGUUACGCGAAUGCAGUAAGAAGCCAAGGUAAGUUGCUAGCUAGCAUUAAACAUAUCUUAUAAAAAACAAUCAAUCGAUCAUAAUCAGUAGUUACACAUGGUUGAUGAUAUUUCUAGUUUAUCUAGCGUGUCCUGCGUUGCAUAUAAUCGAUGCGGUGCGCAUUCGCGAAAAAGGACCACCGUUUCUCCAACGUGUACCUAACCAUAAACAUCAAUGCCUUUCUUAAAAUCAAUACACAAAAGUAUAUAUUGUUAAACCUGCAUAUUUACCUAAAAGAAAGGUUAGCAGGCAAUAUUAACCAGGUGAAAUUGUCACUUCUCUUGCAUUCAUUGCACGCAGGGUCAGGGUAAAUGCAACAGUUUGGGCCGACUCGCUCAUUGCUAAUUUGCCAGAAUUUUACGUAAUUAUGACAUAACACUGAAGGUUGUGCAAUGUAACAGCAAUAUUUAGACUUAGAGAUGCCAUCCGUUAGGAAAAAAUACUUCACUGAAAAAAUAAACGUUUUGUUUUCGAAAUGAUCGUUUCCGGAUUCUACCAUAUUAAUGACCUAAGGCUCGUAUUUCUGUGUGUUAUUAUGUUAUAAUUAAGUCUAUGAUUUGAUAGAGCAGUCUGACUGAGCGAUGGUAGGCACCAGCAGGCUCGUAAGCAUUCAUUCAAACAGCACUUUCUUGUGUUUUGCCAGCAGCUCUUCGCAAUGCUUCAAGAAUUGCGCUGUUUAUGACUUCAAGUCUAUCAACUCCCAAGAUUAGGCUGGUGUAACCGAUGUGAAGUGGCUAGCUAGUUAGCGGAGUGCGCGCUAUUAACGUUUCAAACGUCACUCGCUCUGAGACUUAGUUGUUCCCCUUGCUCUGCAUGGGUAACUCUGCUUCCAGAGUGGCUGUUGUCGAUGUGUUCCUAGUUCGAGCCCAGGUAGUGAGGGGAGAGGGAUGGAAUGUUACACUGGCAGUGCUAAAGUGCCUAUAAGAACAUCCAAUAGUCAAAGGUAUAUAGGUAAAAUAUAUAGUGAAAACUAUAGUGUUCCUAAAACAGGGCCUUGAGGAACACCGACAUUUACAGUUGAUUUGUUAGAGGAUAAACCAUCCACAGAGACAAACUGAUAUCUUUCAGACAGAUAAGAUCUAUACCAGGCCAGAACUUGUCCGUGUAGACCAAUUUGGGUUUCCAAUCUCUGCAAAAGACUGUGGUGAUCAAAUGAUGGUAUCAAAAGCAGCACUAAGGUCUAGAAGCACGAGGACAGAUGCAGCCUCGGUCUGACACCAUUAAAAGGUAAUUUACCACCUUCACAAGUGCAGUCUCAGUGCAAUGAUGGGGUCUAAUACCAGACUGAAGGCAGUGAGUUGCUGAGCAACUUUUUCAAAAAAAAUUGAAAGGAAUGGGAGAUUCGAUACAGGCCGAUUCGUUUUAAUAUUUUCUGGGUCAAGGUUUGUCUUUUUCAAGAGAGGCUUUAUUAUUGCCACUCUUAGUGAGUUUGGUAUACAUCCGGUGGAUAGAGAGCCAUUUAUUAUGUUCAACAAAGGAGGGCCAAUCACAGGAAGCAGCUCUUUCAGUAGUUUAGUUGGAAUAAGGUCCAGUAUGCAACUUGAAGGUUUAGAGGCCAUGAUUAUUUUCAGCAAUGUUUCCAGAGAUACAAUAUUAAAACAACUUGAGUGUCUCCCUUGUUCCUAGGUCCUGGUAGUGUUGUGCAGACUCAGAUUUAGAGGGGAGUCCGUAAUUUGCUUUCUAAUGAUCAUGAUCUUUUCGUCAAAUAAGUUCAUGAGUUUAUCACUGCUGAAGUGAAAGCCAUCCUCUCUUGGGGAAUGCUGCUCUUUAGUUAGCUUUGCAACAGUAUCAAAAAUAAAUUUUGGAUUGUUCUUAUUUUCCUAAAUUAAGUUGAAAAAAUAGGAUGAUCAAGCAGCAGUGAGGGCUCUUCAAUACUGCGCGGUACUGUCUUUCCAAGCUAAUCGGAAGACUUCCAGUUUGGAGUGGCACCAUUUCCGUUCCAAUUUUCUGGAAGCUUGCUUCAGAGCUCAGGUAUUUUCUGUAUACCAGGGAGCUAGUUUCUUAUGACAAAUGUUUUUAGGGGUGCAACUGCAUCUACGGUAUUACGCAAGCUUAAAUUGAGUUCCUCAGUUAGGUGGUUAACUGAUUUUUGUACUCUGACGCCCUUGGAGAGAGUCUGGAAGGGCAUCUAGGAAUCUUUGGGUUGUCUGAGAUUUUAUAGCGUGGCUUUUGAUGGUCCUUGGUUGGGGUCUGAGAAGAUUAUUUGUUGCAGUUGCAAACGUAAUAAAAUGGUGGUCCGAUAGACCAGGAUUAUGAGGAAAAACAUUAAGAUCCAUAACAUUGAUUCCACGGGACAAAACUAGGUUCAGAGUAUGACUGUGGCAGUGAGUAGGUCCAGAGACAAAACCCUCUGAGUCGAUGAUGGCUCCGAAAGCCUUUUGGAGUGAGUUUCUGGACUUUUCCAUAUGUUUAUAUUAAAGUCACCAAAAAUGUGAAUAUUAUCUGCCAUGACUACAAGGUCUGAUAGGAAUUCAGGGAACUCAGGAACAUGGUAUAUGGCCCAGGACUCCUAUAAACAGUAGCUAUAAAAAGUGAUUGAGUAGGCUGCAAAGAUUUCAUGAGUAGAAGCUCAAAAGACGAAAACUCUGUCGUUUUUUGGGGGUAAAUUGAAAUUUGCUAUUGUGAAUGUUUGCAACACCUCCUCCUUUGCGGGAUAUGGUCACUAGUGUAUCCAGGAGGUGAGGCCUCAUUUAACACAGUAAAUUCAUCAGGCUUUAGCCAUGUUUCAGUCGAGCCAAUCACAUCAAGAUUAUGAUCAGUGAUUAGUUAAGUGACUAUAACUGCCUUGGAAGUGAGGGAUCUAACAUUAAGUAGCCCUAUUUUGAGGUGUGAGAUAACACAAUGUCUUUCAAUAAUGACAGGAAUGUUUUGCCCAACCUAGAUCAAGGCACAGACACGGUCUCAAUGGGGAUAUCUGAGCUGACUACACUGACUGUGUUAGUGGCAGACUCCACUAAACUGGCAGGCUAGCUAACAGCCUGCUGCCUGGCCUGCAGCCUAUCUCAUUGUGGAGCUAGGGGAGUUCGAGCCCUGUCUAUGUUUGUAAAUAUGAUGAGAGCACCCUUCAAGCUAGGAUGGAGUCCGUCACUCCUCAACAGGCCAGGCUUCGUCCUGUUUGUGGUUGAGUCCCAGAAAGAGGGCCAAUUAUCUACAAAUUCUUUUGGGAGGGGCAGAAAACAGUUUUCAACCAGCGAUUGAGUUGUGAGACUGCUGUAGAGCUCAUCACUCCCCCUAACUGGGUGCCAACGUGGAUAACAAUAUCCCUCUACUCUCUACACUCGCCAGUUUUAUCUUUAGCCAGCACCAUCUUCAGAUUAGCCUUAACAUCAGUAGCCCUGCCCCCUGGUAAACAGUGUAUGAUCGCUGGAUGAUUCGUUUCAAGUCUAAUACUGCGGGUAAUGGAGUCACCAAUGACUAUGGUUUUCAAUUUGUCAGAGCUAAUGGUGGGAGGCUUCGGUGUCUCAGACCCCGUAACGGGAGGAGUAGAUCAGAGAAGGCUCGGCCUCAGACUCCAACUCGCUGCUUAAUGGGGAAAACCGGUUGAAGGUUUCUGCCGGCUGAAUGAGCAACACCGGUUGAGCAUUCCUACAGCAUUUUCCUCCAGAAGCCAUGAAAAAGUUGUCCGGCUACGGGGACUGUGCGAGGGGAUUUAUACUACUAUCUGUACUUACUGGUGGCACAGACGCUGUUUCAUCGUUUCCUACACUGAAAUUACCCUUGCCUAACGAUUGUGUCUGAAGCUGGGCUUGCAGCACAGCUAUCCUCGCCGUAAGGUGAUCGUUCUCCUGUAUAUUACGAGUACGGUGACUGCAAUUAGAAGGCAUCAUGUUAAUGUUACGACUUAGCUUCGGCUGGUGGAGGUCCUGACAAAGCACGUCCAGAUAAAGCGUCCGGGGUGAAAAAGUUGAAUGAAAAAAGUAGAGCGAGGAAAAAAAUGUAACUAUAAAACGGUAAUUAAAAAGUAAAAAAACGUAAAGUUGGCAGGUAGCAACAAACCGCACAGCAGCACGUAAACAAGUCUACAAGCUGUGACCGGAUAUGUCACUGAUUGCACAUAGCUGAGGUGAAAGAGCCCUCACUUGCACUGGUUGUUUUUUGGCUGCAUUGUCUGUUGAAAUGUCUCCCAAACACAGUAUUUUAACCAUGUGUAUGUAAGUAUCCCGGAUAUCAAUCUAACAAUUCACCUUUCCUUUUUUUUUACUUGAAUAUAUUUUUACUUAUGUAAAUAAUUUUGUAUAAAUGCUGUAUAAUACUUUGGAUACCAAUAAAAAAUAUCUUGGUUU